AUGUGAUGUGGAUACAUGAGAACUGGGUGGGAACCUGAAACUAAAAGUGUUCAGUUGGUUGAUUUGAGUGGACAGAGCAGGAGGAGGAAACGGAGAGGUGAGACAGGUUCUUCAAAAGUCAAAAAUGGUUGUGCUCUCAGUCGUGAUCAUCCCUCCAUUCAGACUCAGAGCUGGAUGACACCUGUUCCUCUAUCUGCUUUCCUGGCUGGCUGCUCCUUUGUUCAGCUGCUGCGUGUAGACCAGAAGAUGGAUGAUUAUGUGGGGGAAGAGAAGGAAAGAGCAAUGUCUCCAGUGUCCCGUCUGUCUAUGAAGAGUGUCCGGUCCAAAAGUCCACCUCUGAACUUCAGUAAGGAACCUGGACCCUCAGACACAAAAGCGAGGAAGAGGAGUCGUGUUCCUGUGGAGGAGCAGCUGUCUUGCUGUGUUUUGUGUCAGGACGUCCUGAAGGAUCCAGUCUCUACCAGCUGUGGACACUGGUUCUGCAGACAGUGCAUCACCUCAUACUGGGACCAGUCUGCUUCAUCGGGAGACUCCUCCUGUCCCCAGUGUGGAAAAAGAUCCAGAACAAGAGCUGGACUGCAGACCAGCUCUGUACAACCAGAGAGUGGUCAGCAGGAGGUUUUAGAUGGACAUAAGAUCAGUCUGAAGAGGAGAUGUGAAUGUGUGACUGAAGGAAUUGAUGAACCAGAAAGUAGAACCCUCCUCAACAGGAUCUACAAUGAGCUCUACAUCACAGAGGGACAGAGUGAAGAGGUGAAUACCCAACAUGAGGUUUGGCAGCUUGAGACAGCUUCCAAAAUGCCAAAAAGCCACAAUGAGACUCCAAUCAAGUACCAUGAUAUCUUUAAAGCCUUACCUGACCAACAGAGACACAUCAGAGUGGUUCUAACAAACGGCGUCGCUGGCGUUGGAAAAACUGUCACAGUGCAGAAGUUCACUCUGGACUGGGCAGAGGGCUUGGAGAACCACAAUGUCAGUCUGGUGGUUCUGCUUUCGUUCAGGGAGCUGAACCUGAUCAAAGAUGAGCAGUACAGUCUUCUCACGCUGCUCCAUGUUUUCCAUCCAACAUUACAGAAGGUCACAGCAGAGCAGCUCGCUGUCUGUAAACUUUUGUUCAUCUUUGACGGUCUGGAUGAAAGCAGACUUUCACUGGAAUUCCACAACAAUGAGGUUGUGUCUGACGUCACACAGAAGUCUUCAGUCAGUGUGCUGUUGACAAACCUCAUCAAGGGGAAUCUGCUUCCCUCGGCUCUCGUCUGGAUAACUUCCAGACCUGCAGCAGCCAAUCAGAUCCCUCCUGAAUGUGUUGACAGGGUAACAGAAGUACGAGGCUUCACUGACGCCCAGAAAGAGGAGUACUUUAGGAGGAGAGUCAGUGAUGAAGAUCUGUCCAACAGAAUCAUCUCACACAUCAAGACCUCCAGGAGCCUCCACAUCAUGUGUCUAAUCCCAGUCUUCUGCUGGAUCACUGCUACAGUUCUGGACCACAUGUUGACUACAGACCGGAGAGGAGAGCUGCCCAAGACCCUGACUGAUCUGUACUCACACUUCCUGCUGGUUCAGACAAAGAGGAAGAAGCAGAAGUAUGAUGAGGGACAUGAGACGAGUCCACAGGAGCUGAUGGAGGCUGACAGGGAAGUUCUUCUGAAGUUGGGGAGGCUGGCGUUUGAACAGCUGCAGAAAGGAAACAUCAUGUUCUACCAAGAAGACCUGGAGCAGUGUGGUCUUGAUGUCACAGAGGCCUCGGUGUACUCAGGAGUUUGUACAGAGAUCUUCAAAAGAGAGAGUGUGAUCUUCCAGAAAACAGUCUACUGCUUUGUUCAUCUGAGCAUUCAGGAGUUUCUGGCUGCAGUCUUCAUGUUCCACUGUUACACCAACAGGAACACAGAGGUACUGGAGGCUUUUCUUGGAAGAAAACAUGUUGAUUCAACUCUGGAUGUCUUCCUGAGCAGAGUCAUGGACAAAUCUCUGAGGAGUGAAAAUGGUCACCUGGACCUGUUUGUUCGCUUCCUCCAUGGCCUCUCUCUGGAGUCCAACCAGAGACUCUUAGGAGGUCUGCUGGGUCAGACAGACAACAGUCCAAAAAUCAUCCAGAGAGCCAUCAGCAACCUGAAGGAGAAGAGGACCAGUACCUCUCCUGACAGAUGCAUCAACAUCUUCCACUGUCUGAUGGAGAUGAACGACCACUCAGUCCAUCAGGAGAUCCAAGAGUUCCUGAAGUCAGAGAACAGAUCUGAGAAGGAACUCUCUGAGAUCCACUGCUCAGCUCUGGCCUACAUGCUGCAGAUGUCAGAGGAAGUUCUGGAUGAGUUUGACCUGAAGAAGUACAACACAACAGAGGAGGGACGACGGAGACUGAUCCCAGCUGUGAGGAACUGCAGAAAAGCUGUACUUUCUGGAUGUCGACUCUCAGAGACUCAGUAUGAAGUUUUGGCCUCGGUUCUGAAGUCCAACCCCUCCCAUCUGAGAGAGCUGCUGCUUGACUCCAACAAACUGCAGGACUCAGCAGUGAAGCUGUUGUCUACUGGACUAGAGAGUCCAAACUGUGAACUGGAGACUCUGAGAUUGAGUGGCUGCGGAUUGUCGAAGAUCAGCUGUGAUUCUCUGGUCUCAGCUCUGAAGUCCAACCCCUCCCAUCUGAGGGUGCUGGAGCUAAAUGACAACGACCUGCAGGAUUCAGGAGUGAAGCUGCUGUGUGGUUUUCUGGAGAGUCCACACUGUAGACUGGAGACUCUGAGCUCUGAAGUCCAACCCCUUCCAUCUGAGAGUGCUGGAGCUGAGAGGAAACAACCUGCAGGAUUCAGGAGUGAAGCUGCUGUGUGGUUUUCUGGAGAGUCCACACUGUAGACUGGAGACUCUGAGAUUGAGUCGCUGCAGUUUGUCAGAGAUCAGCUGUGAUUAUCUGGUCUCAGCUCUGAAGUCCAACCCCUCCCAUCUGAGAGAGCUGUGGCUGACUGGAAACACCCUGCAGGAUUCAGGAGUGAAGCUGCUGUGUAAUUUUCUGGAGAGUCC